GUAAUAAUUUUUUUUGCAGUGGAGUGGCUUAUGGUUCCUCGUCAAGGAAUUAAAAAGUUUGGUGAAGAAAUGAGACCAGAAGAACAUCGUAGCGCGCAACGAGAACUUUAUUUAUAGACGGAAGUUCUGCUGCUGAAUCAUAUGCUGCCUCUCAACCGUCUUCCAAGCCAUUUCUUGUAGUGUCGAUAACGUAAAUUCCUGAGUUUUGGGGCUGACCUGGUAAAGGUCUCUUAAGCAUUUUAUCAUAGGACGCACUUCCAUGUCUGCAUGGAGCCUUUGGAGCUCCGCGGUCAUACUGGCCAUAAUGAUACACUUUACAUCUCGCGCGUCGUCCUCAUACUUCUUGUAGGAAGUGAGUUCGAACACACAAGCAUCAGUAUCAGGGGUCUUGGGAGGAUCCGUUUCGAGGAUGUAGAGUUUCCUCUCACAGUCAAGAACGAUCCGGAGGUUCAUCUCCUAGUCAAGAAAGUUGGUCCCGGAUAACUUGUUGUUUUCCAGGAUGUAACGCAGGUUGAAAGGGUUGUUGUUGUUUGCCAUCUACAGAAAAUUUUGCAAACUAGGUUAUCUAUCAUGUUUAAUAAUUAAUUUGGCCUUUAAUUAAUUAUCUCCCACUAUUUUUAACAAAUCAAUAACCCUCGAUAUUGAUUCGGAGAUUUCCGGCGAAACCUCUAGUGGGCCAAGAUCCAUAUUUCAUUAUCUUGUGUUCCGCUUGGGCGUUACUCCACAAGACAACUAUUUAGGUAGGAACAUAGUCAACUAAUGAGCAGGGCUCUCAGCUCUUGGUCUGGUGUUGGGCGAACAAUAUUACUUCAACCGGCCCAGGACACCUUUUCACCAUACUUGUAAUUGGCUGAGGCACGUCUUACAAGCAGACUACUUUGGUUAGGAAGAGAGUUCCAAUUAAAUCAUAAAGAUCCAACUCCUGGCUGGAUGAGUGAGUAAAAUCAUCCGACUUGUCAUUGAUGACCCCAACUUAUUGCCUCCGAGUCAUCCAUCCAUUUGACCGAGACUCAGUUAAGUCUAACCCAACGUGCGACAGCGACCACGCUAUGGCGGUUCCCGUAACCAGCUUAACAUACACCGUACUAUGCUCUGCUGAGGCUGAGUACAUGACAGUGCACAUUAGCCGGAUAGGUGCCGGGCGUCAGAAGGCAACAGACUUAAUAUUCGUGAGGGAUUUAUAAUU